UCUCUCUCUCUCUCUCUCCCUCUUCAUACACGCACCCUGUCCCUGCUCCCCCCCUCUCGCCCUCCCUGCCCCCAGCUCCUACUCCCCCCUCCCCCCUGCCCCCGCCCUCGCCCCCUUCACGCACAUGGGAAGCACCCCCGACGCUGGCGGAAGCCCCGCGCCGUCGGCUCUCCCCAGCCCGGCCAAGAAGCACAUGCCGGCCCCGGCCAUCGAGCUGAGCCCGGUGGACCAAGAUGCCGGGUCCCUGCCGCCGGCCGACCGGGAGGCCCCGCCGACCCCGACGCCGCCCAUCAACAAGCAAACCUUCUCCUACAUGAGCCGGUCCUUCCUGGCCGGCGGCCUGGCCGGGUGCAUCGCCAAAUCCUCGGUGGCCCCGCUGGACCGGGCCAAGAUCCUCUUCCAGGCCGGGCACCCGGAGUACACGCGCCACCGGGGGACCCUGCUCGGGGUGUUCCGCGCCCUGCGGACCAUCCACCAGCAGGAGGGCCUGCGCGGGCUCUUCCGCGGCAACUCCGCCACCCUGGCCCGGAUCUUCCCGUAUGCGGCCAUCCAAUUCAUGUCCUACGAGCAAAUCAAAGCGUUCUUCAACAAAAACCAGGACUUCGAGCAGCCAUACACCCGCGCCCUGGCCGGCGCCGGCGCCGGCAUGCUCUCCGUCCUCGGGACAUACCCGCUGGACAUGGUCCGCUCGCGGCUGGCCUUCCAGGUGGUCAACCGCACGGCCGGGCUGCCCUCGCAGCAGGCCACCACCCUGCUCGGGGCCCUGCGCGCGGCCAUCGACGAGGGCGGCGCGCGCGGGCUCUUCCGCGGCUUCGGGCCCACCAUGCUGGGCAUUGUCCCCUAUGCCGGUGUCUCCUUCUUCACGUAUGACUCGCUGAAGGCGGCCGCGCUGCGGGCCCUGGCCGCACGCGAGAAUGCCCACCUCCCGGCCGGCGCCCUGGCCGUCGAUUAUCGCGACUUGCGCAUGCCGCCCCCGGUGGCCAUGGCCGUGGGGUUCAUCGCCGGCGGUGUGGCCCAGACCGCGGCCUACCCGCUGGAUGUCGUCCGGCGGAGGAUGCAAGUGGAGGCCGUCCGGCCGCUGGCCGUGCAGAAUGGCACCCCGCUGUAUGCGCACGCGGCGCCCGACGCCUACAAGUCCAUUCGCCGGGCCUUCGGGCACAUUCUCCGAACCGAGGGCUGGCGCGGCCUCUACGUCGGGCUUUCGAUCAACUUCAUCAAGGUCGCCCCGGUGACCGGCAUCUCCUUCCUUGCGUACGAGCAGCUGAAGCAGCUCUUUAACAUCUAGACAGCCCUCCCCUUCCCCUCUGAGGAGCAGCCGGCCGCGACGCGUGUGUGUGUGUGUCCCCUCCCCGCCGGCGGCCCGGCUGCUCGCGUCCUUGCCCCCCCCCC